AUGGGAGUCUCUAGGAGAUGGGUUUGCAUGGUUCUUCUGGCCUCAUGCAUUGUGCUCCAUCUGAGCGAGCUCAUUGUAGGGGACAAGAAGGUUGACGAGGAACGAUUGGGCGAUGACUAUGAUUGCCGAUGGGGACGACGCUGCGGCGGCCGCUUUGGCAGACGUGGACGUGGUUAUGGUCGCAGUAGAGGUGGUGGAUUUGGAGGAGGCGGUGGUUUAGGUGGUGGAGCUGGAGGAGGUGGCGGUCUUGGUGGUGGUGCUGGAGGAGGCCGUGGCUUUGGUGGUGGAGCUGGAGGAGGUGGUGGUCUUGGUGGUGGAGGAGGAGCUAGCGGUGGUGCUGGUCACGGAGGUGGCUUUGGAGCUGGGGGUGGUGUAGGUGGCGGGGCUGGAGGAGGUGUUGGAGGUGGUGGUGGAUUUGGUGGUGGUGGAGGAGGAGGUGCUGGAGGCGGAUCGGGUCACGGCGGAGGUUUUGGAGCUGGGGGAGGUGUAGGCGGUGGAGCUGGAGGCGGUCUUGGUGGUGGCGCUGGAGGAGGUGGUGGCUUUGGUGGAGGAGGAGGCGGAGGUGCUGGAGGUGGUUCAGGCCAUGGCGGAGGCUUUGGAGCAGGAGGUGGUGUAGGUGGUGGUGCUGGUGGUAUUGGCGGAGGUGCAGGAGGCGGUGGAGGUGGAGGAUCCGGAGGUGUUGGCGGUUUGGGUGGAGGGUCUGGCCACGGUGGUGGGUUCGGUGCUGGUGGAGGUGUAGGAGGUGGGACUGGGGCAGGCAUUGGUGGUGGAGGAGGAGCCGGAGGAGGAGGUGGUGGCGGCGUAGGUGGAGGUUCAGGUCAUGGUGGCGGGUUUGGUGCGGGUGGAGGUGUAGGAGGUGGUUCUGGGGGAGGCUUAGGUGGGGGUGCUGGUGGUGGUGGAGGAGCCGGAGGUGGCCAUGGAAUUGGUAGUGGUGGAGGAUUUGGAGUGGGAAUUGGGGUUGGGAUCGGAGUCGGAGUUGGGUCUGGAGCCGGUGCUGGCCAUGGUGUUGGUGUUGGCGGCGGCAGUGGCGGAGGAGGAAGGUAA